AUGGGCGGAAGCAAGGGCAAAGCACCCCAGCGUAGGGCUCGACCAGGGAAGCCAGCCUCAGCGGAGCAGGAGUCAGGGUCCGCCAGCGCUGACGGCGCCACCAGCCACAGUCGCAGACCUGCCCGCGGCAAAGUCCACAAGACCAGGCCCGCUAAGGAGCCCGAUGCCACCGCUGGAGGCCGCAGGAAGCCCACUGAAGAGGCAAGCCACCGCUGCAGAAAUGUAGGGACUGGGACGUCACUGGAGACCCAGGAGAGGCAGGGCAGCUCGCAGCGUCGGGGCCACAGGUCCACGGGGAGCCGUGAGCCCAGGCACAGUCGUGGGGAGCUCCCCGAGGAACAGAGACACGUUGAAGAAGAAGAGUGGACCAUCAAGCACGGCCGCCACAGGAAAGGAAAGGAGCGGGGACCUUCGGCUCCGCCAGGCGGUGGAGAGACUCCUGGCAGGGAUGGGGACACGUCGGGCGGCGAUGGUGGUAGCUCGUGCCUGGACAGUGAACACCGCGAGGCCCUGGACAGCAGCAGCCAGGGUGGUGGGGCCUCGGAGCGACCAAUCAAGACCAAGCCUUCUGACACAAGCACAGAAGGCGCCCUUAUCAGAAGACCGGAGUCAAUGGACAACGACCAUCAGGGCAAUGAUGGACAGGCCUUGGAGCUCCCGAGCAGGGAAGGGCCGUUGGGGACAGGAUCUCAGGGAACGAGUGAUGAUUCCCGGACAGAUACAGACUCAAGUCCGGAGUGGCCCGGGCACAGACGUCGCCUGCAGAAGACCCCAGGAACCUCAAGCUGCGUCCCUGAGUCCCAGGAGACAGAGCUGAGCAGGGAAGCCGCAGCCUCCAGCUCCCUCGAAAGCAGCUGUGCAAGCGCCCCCAGGGGUUCUCAGGGUCCUCGGGACUCCAAAGCGAACGCAGACACCAGUGACGUCGAGGCCCAGCCAAAGGCUGAGCUGCAGGACACUGAGCCUGAGACAGCGGAGGCCCCCAGGGCUCAGCGCCUCCAUGUCGGAGAGGUGCCAGGGAAGGUGCAAGUGAGCGAGAGGGACACGGGAGCCAGAGAAGGAGCAGGUGCAGGGGACCGGCGACCCCGGGACCCGGCGCCGCUGGCUGCACUCGUGGUGUUCCGCAAGCUGCGCGCGAGGGCCCCGACUGGCGCGUCUCCCCAGCUCGCGGGUGGCCUCCACAUGGGCCUCAAGGCGCGGCUGCAGCGUGUGGCGCGGGCCCUAGGCCUCCUGCGCUGGCUGCGACUGCGGCUGGAGCAACGUCGGAGUGAUGAGCGCAGGGCGAGCCCGCAGGAGCAGGAGGAGCGCGGCCGCGAGAGGGCGCUCGAGGCGCGGGGCGGGGCGCCUGGGCUACCGCGCUGGCGGGCCAUAAGCCUGGCCUGCCGGGCGGUGCUCCGGGGACCGUCGCGGGCGCCCCCUGGCGGCAGUCUGAGCCCUCCGCAGGCGCUGACUAGCUCAGGCUCAGCCGGUGCCUCUGUCGUCGAGGAUGCAGCUUCAGAUCCAAAGUUCGCGGUGGUCUUCCCCCGGGUCCAUAGUGCGGAGGAGUCGUGCAGCAGCAGCUCAGGAGCAUCCACGGACGCCCCCACUGGGGAGGGCCACGUUUCGUCUCCUGCAGGGCCUACAGAAUGCAGGGAGGAGCAAGGGGCUAGUGAAGAAGGGGUUGUCAGGUCCGGACAGGCUUCCUCCUUUUCUCCGUCUUCCCCCAGUGGGACCCCACCGGAUGAGAACCAGAGCGAAGCAGAGCCAGAGACCUUGGAAGUGGAGACUCGGGUGCACUGGGCACAGGGCUCUACUCCCUGUGUAGACCCUGAGCUUGGCUCUGAUUCUCUGCUGCCUCAACUUACCUUGGAGACUCGCCUAAGGCAUAACAGCCCCUGCAGGUCCCCAAGGGAGCGGUGGGAGCCAGAGGAUGACGCUGAGGCAGCACUGGAAAGGGACCUGGAGCUGAGCCUCCAGAAGGACCUAGAGAUGCUACCCUUCCCGUGUGUUAAGGCCACGAGUCUCCCAGAGGGCCUGGAAGACAUUGAGGACCUCGCUCGGCUGCGGCUGGUGUGUGACAGUUCUGUGCUACUCUGCCUUAAGAAGAGGUUCCACCUGGGCCGCAUCUACACUUUUGGGGGGCCCUUACUGCUUGCACUGAACCCCCACCAGCCACUGCCUCUCUUCUCACCUGAGGUCUUGAACAGCUACCAUCCCAGGAAGGCCUCGAACACCACACCGCACAUCUUUGCUGUUGGGGCAGCAGCCUAUAGCCUGUCUCAGAGCCCUGGACAGGACCCCUGCAUCCUGCUGGGGGGCUACAGUGGCUCUGGGAAGACCGAAGCUGCCAAGAGGAUUGUGGAGUUUCUAAGCAUCCUGGGGCAGAAGCAGACGGAGGCAGGAGGGGCUCAGCUGGAGGACAUACUGCCCGUGCUCAGCAGCUUCGGCCAUGCCAAGACCAUCCUCAACGCCAAUGCCAGCCGCUUUGGCCAGGAGUUCUGCCUCUGCCUGCAGCAGGGAGUCACGGCAGGCGCCUCUGUGUUCCACUAUCUGCUUGAGACCUCCAGAGUGGUGUUUCAGGUAAGGACCUGCCUGCCUCCUGCCCACUCUUUCCCAGUUCUGAAAGUUAGAAGGCGGAGGAGCCACAGCCCCCAAGUCCUCCCCACCCCCAAGCCAGUUUUUCUCCCCAAGGCCCAGUCUGAACGAAGCUUCCAUGUUUUUUAUGAGCUGCUGGCAGGGUUGGACUCUGAGGAUCGUGAGAAGCUCUCUCUGCAGGGACCUGAGGCCUACUACUACCUCAAUCAGGGCCGAGCCUGCAGGCUCCAGGACAAGGAGGAUGCUCAGGACUUCAAAAGGCUGCUGAAGGCCCUGCGGGUGCUGGGCUUGUGUGCAGAGGAGCUGACUGAAGUCUGGGCUGUGCUGGCCACCAUCCUGCACCUGGGAAACAUCUGCUUCUCUUCCUCAGAGCGGGAGUCCCAAGAGGUGGCUGCUGUGUCCAGCUGGGCUGAGAUUCACUUGGCAGCCCGGCUGCUACAGGUGCCACCAGAGUGCCUAGACGGGGCAGUCACCAAGAGGGUUAUGGACACGCCCUAUGGCCGGGUCUCCAGAUCUCUGCCGGUGGAAAGUGCUAUCGAUGCCAGGGAUGCCCUAGCCAAGACCCUGUACACAAGGCUCUUCAGCUGGCUUCUGAAGCUGAUCAACGUGCGGCUGGCUCCACCAAGGGAAGCAGCCGGUGUGGGCACCAUCACUGUCGUGGACGUCUAUGGCUUUGAGGCACUGCGGGUGAACGGCUUGGAGCAGCUGUGCAGCAACCUGGCCAGCGAGCGUCUGCAACUCUUCUCCAGCCAGAAGCUGCUGGCCCAGGAGGAGGAGGAAUACCAGCGGGAGAUGCUGAGCUGGGUGCCCAUAACCCAGCCUCCGAGGGAGUCCUGCCUAGACCUCCUGGUGGGCCAGCCCCACAGCCUUCUGAACAUACUGGACGCCCAGACAUGGCUCUCCCAGGCCACAGACCACACCUUCCUCCAGAAGUGCCACUAUCACCAUGGUGACCACCCAAGCUAUGCCAAACCUCAGCUGCCCCUGCCCAUCUUCACCGUGCGGCACUAUGCUGGGACCGUCACCUAUCAGGUGCACAAGUUCAUAAUCAGAAACAGGGACCACCUGGACUCUGCCAUGGUGGAGAUGCUUGGACAGAGCCAGCUGAAGCUUGCGGGCAGCCUGUUCCAGGAAGCAGAACCAGAGGGAGAGAGAGAGCAGAGAAAACGCACUCUGGCCUCUCGAUUCCAGCAGUCCCUGGGGGACCUGCUAGCCCGGCUAGGCAGGAGCCGUGUCUAUGUCAUCCACUGUCUCAAGCCCACCCCUGGAAAGCUCCCUGGCCUCUUUGAUGUGGGGCAUGUAGCAGAGCAGCUGUACCAGACUGGCAUCCUGGAGACCAUAGGCACCCGAAGUGCCCACUUCCCCGUGCGAGCGCCCUUCCGGCUCUUCCUGGCCAGGUUCCGGGCCCUGGGAUCCGGGAGCCAGGAAACUCUCUCUGACCGGGAGAGGUGUGGAACCAUCCUCAGCCACGUGCUGGGGGCCGAGUCUCCAGUCUAUCAUCUCGGAGCCACCCAGGUCCUACUGCAGGAGCAGGGCUGGCACCAGCUAGAGCAGCUAUGGGCUCAGCGACGCUCGCGGGCCCUGCUCACUCUACACCGAGGACUCCGAGCCUGUAUCACCCGCCGGCGCCUACGCCUCCUGCCCCGAAUGCAGGCUCGCGUGCGUGGACUCCAAGCCAGGAAGCGAUACCUCCGGAGGAAGUCAGCUCUGGGACAGCUGAACGCUAUCCUCCUUGUAGCUCGGCCCCUGCUCCAGAGACGACAGAGACUCCAGCUUGAACAUUCCCGUGGCCCGCAGAGCGGGGAGGCCUGGGGGAAACAGUCAAGGAUGGACCUGGGGCGCUUGGAGAUCCCAGCCCAGCUGGCUGCUCUGCUGCGGACAGCAGAAGGCCACCAGGGCACCCUGGCUGGGAGCAUCACAGAGUCCCUGCCACCUGAGGUUCCUGUCCGGCCCAGCCUGACCCUCCCUCCGGACAUUGACCAGUUUCCCUUCUCCAGUUUCGUGUCCUCCAGUUUCCAGAAGCCAUAUCUGCCUAGACCGGGGCAGCUACUGGAUGAGCCCCUGACCCGCAUGAAUGGCGAGAACCCUCAGCAGGCUCUGGAGAUUAAUAGGGUGAUGCUGCGUCUCCUGGGGGAAGGAUCCCUGCAGCCCUGGCAGGAACAGACCAUUGGCACGUUCCUGAUACGGAAGGCACAGCACCAGCCGGGACUUCGGGAUGAGCUCUUCAGUCAGCUGGUGGCCCAGCUGUGGCACAACCCAGACGAGCAGCAGAGUCAGCGUGGCUGGGCCCUGAUGGCCGUCCUCCUCAGCUCCUUCCCCCCCACGCCUGCCCUGCAGAAGCCGCUGCUCAAAUUCGUAUCUGACCAGGCCCCCCGGGGCAUGGCGGCAUUGUGCCAGCACAAGCUCUUGGGUGCCCUGGAGCAAACACCGCUAGUUCCCAUGGCCUCAAGGGCCCACCCACCCACGCAGCUUGAGUGGAAGGCUGGAUUGCGGCGGGGCCGGAUGGCCCUGGAUGUGUUCACAUUCAAUGAGGAGAGCUACUCUGCAGAGGUGGAGUCCUGGACCACGGGAGAGCAGUUAGCAGGGCGGAUCCUCCAGAGCAGAGGCCUGGAGGUGCCCCCUCGUGGCUGGUCUGUGUCACUGCAUUCUGGGGAUGCUUGGCAAGACCUGGCUGGUUGUGACUUUGUGUUGGACCUGAUUGGCCAGACUGAGGACUUCGGAGACCCAGCUGGUUCCCGCAACUACCCCAUCACUCCCUUUGGUUUAGCUGAGAAGAUCCCUCCAGCCCCUGGUGUUCAGGCUCCCUCCCUGCCCCCAGGACUCCCUCCAGGUCCAGCCCCAACACUGCCCGGCAGCAGCCCCCCAGGUGAGGCCAGGAAGCCGGGAAGCCUCGAUGGUUUUCUGGACCACAUCUUCGAGCCGGUUCUCUCCGGGGGCUUCAGUGAUCUGGAACAAGGCUGGGCCCUGAGUAGCCGUAUGAAGGGAGGGGGCUCCAUUGGGCCCACCCAGCAGGGUUACCCCAUGGUGUAUCCAGGAAUGGUGCAGGCACCCAGCUACCAGCCAGCUAUGAUGCCCGCACCAAUGCCCAUGAUGCCAGCAAUGGGCGCAGUCCCAACCAUCCCAGCCGUGAUGGUCCCACCACAGCCUCUGCUUCCCAGUUUGGACUCCAGGCAGCUGGCGGUACAGCAGCAGAACUUUAUCAACCAGCAGGCGAUGAUCUUGGCCCAGCAGAUGACGACCCAGGCCAUGAGCCUGUCUCUAGAGCAACAGAACCAGAGACGCCAGCACGGGGCUCAGGCCUCAGCGGCUGCCUCCCAGGCUCCACCCUCCGUCACGGUUCCCAAGCCCCAGAAGCCGACUGCGCCCCAGAAGACGCUAAAGAGUUGCUCAGAACCUUUGGAUGUUUCCUUUACAGAGGACACUCCAGAGGAAACUGAAGCCAGGCCUCAGCGCCCCAGGAGCUUCCAGCAGAAACGGGACUAUUUCCAGAAGAUGGGGCAAGAGCCAAUCAGGGUGAAGACCGUGAAGCCUCCGGUCAAGGUUCAGAUCCCCCAGGAGGAGACAGAGGAGAGUGAGGAGGAAGAAACAGCUGAGCCGACCCUGCCACCUCCUCCUCCAGUUGUGAAGAAGCCAUUGAAACAAAGUAAGCCCAAAGCCGCGAGGGAAGAUGAAGCAGAACCAGCAAAGAAGGAAGUGCCCAACAAGGACAGAACACCCAAGGUCAGAACGCCCACCCAGGACAGAGCACCCACCCAGAACAGAGCGCCCACGGUGCACAGCUCCAACUCCACACCCCAGCGCCCGGAACCCAGCAGGGAAAUUCGCAACAUCAUCCGCAUGUACCAGAGCCGCCCGGGCCCCGUGCCUGUGCCCGUACAACCCACCAGGCCUGUGAAAACUUUUCAGAAGAAAAAUGACCCUAAGGAUGAGGCUUUGGCAAAGCUGGGAAUAAACGGUGCCCACUCGCCGCCAUCGAUGAUGUCUCCUGACCAAAGCAAGGGCUCCCCACCUGUUGUGGCUCCUCGACCCAAGACUCGACCACGACUUGAGCCCUCCCUAUCCAUCCGGGAAAAGCAGGGACCCCUUCGGGACUUGUUUGGCCCCCAUAGCCCAAGUCCAUCCAUAACUCCGGCACCCCCACCUCCACCACCACCAGCACUUCCAUUGUCUCCACCUGAGGAACCCAAGACCCGUUCAGUGGAGUCUCGUGCCCUGACGGAGCCCAUGGAGGAUCGGGGGAUCUCUACUCAGCUCCUCGUGCCAUCUGGUAGUGUGUGCUUCUCCUACACAAAUGCACCCUGGAAGUUGUUCUUACGCAAGGAGGUGUUCUACCCCCGGGAGAACUUCAGCCACCCCUACUGUCUCAGCCUUCUCUGCCAGCAGAUCCUGAGGGACACCUUUGCAGAGUCCUGCAUCAGGAUCUCCCAGGAGGAACGGCACAAAAUGAAAGACCUGCUGGGAGACUUGGAGGUGAGCCUGGACUCCCUUGACACUGCUGAAGACACCAUCAAAAAACGCAUCGUGGUGGCCGCUCGAGACAACUGGGCCAAUUACUUCUCACGCAUCUUCCCAGUUUCGGGUGAGAGCGGCAGUGACGUGCAGCUCCUGGGUGUGUCGCACCGGGGACUGAGGCUGCUGAAGGUAACCCAAGACCCUAGCUUCCACCUGGAGCGGCUGAAGACACUCUGCUCCUACAGCUUUGCUGAGGUGUUGGCUGUGGAGUGCAGCGGCGGCUCCACCCUGGUGCUGUCACUGAAGAACGAGCAGCUGAUGCUGCACACAGCCCAAGCCAGGGCCAUCAAGGCCAUGGUGGAGCAGUUCCUGAGUGAGCUCAAGAAGGACUCUGGCUACGUCAUUGCUCUGCGCAGUUACAUCACUGAUGACCACAGCCUCCUCAGCUUCCAGCGUGGGGACCUCAUCAAGCUGCAGCCAGGGGUCUCUCCGGAGCCAGGCUGGCAGUUUGGCUCUGUUGGAGGCCGCUCGGGACUCUUUCCUGCUGACAUGGUGCAGCCAGCUGCUGCUCCGGACAGCUCCUUUUCCCUGGGACAGAGAAACAGCUGGCAGCGUAAAUCACGGCAGCUGAAGGAGUCAGCUCAGGAGCGCCCCACCCAUCCCAGGAGCCAAGAACCCAGCGAAGGCUCAGAGGCCACCUCGUACACAGCCUACAGCUCCCUGUCUGCUGACUCCCACAGCUACACCAUGCAGGAAUUUGCCGUGCGCUACUUCCGGAAGCCUCAUACAUCGCUGACACAGGCAGGCAGAGGUGCCAAGAAGAAGGCUGCAGCCAACCUGAUCCAGUACACCAAGGACCCCAUCCAGGAAUCCCUCAUCAGUCUCAGAAAUGAGGACAUGAACAAGAGGGCUGUGGCUGGCUUCAAGGCUCUGAUGCAGUUUAUGGGGGACCAGCCUAAGCCCCGGAGCACAGACCAACUGGCUCUGCUCUAUGAGCUGCUGAAGCUGUGCCAAGAGGACCUCAGAGAUGAGAUGUACUGCCAGGUCAUCAAGCAAGUCACAGAACACCCUGAGCCGAAGCACUGUGCUCUGGGCUGGAGCAUCCUCAGCCUCUUCACGGGCUUCUUUGCACCAUCCAACACUCUGAUGCCCUAUGUGACCAAGUUCCUGCAGGAUUCCAGCCCUAGCCAAGAACUGGCCAAGAGUAGCCAGGAGAACCUCCAGCGCACGGUUAAAUAUGGGGGGCGCCAGAAGUUACCACCACCGGGUGAAAUGCAAGCUUUUCUGAAAGGGCAAGCGCUUCGUUUGCUUCUGAUUCAUCUGCCUGGGGGUGUGGACUACAGGACAAGCAUAGAGACCUUCACGGUGUCAGGGGAAGUGCUGCAGGAGCUGUGUGGACAGAUGGGCAUCACAGACCCGCAGGAAGUGCAGGAGUUUGCCCUCUUCCUCAUCAAAGGAGAAGGUGAGCUGGUUCGGCCACUGUCACCCCAUGAGUACCUCAACAGUGUCAUGACAGACCAGGACAUGAGCCUGCACAGCCGGCGGCUUGGCUGGGAGACCCCACUGCAUUUCGACCACCCCACCUACACCGAAAUCCACUAUGGCCAGGUGCUUCGGGACUACCUGCAAGGGAAGCUGAUGAUCAGUGCCCAGGAAGAUGCUCAACUUGCCCGGCUGGCUGCCCUCCAACACCUCAGGAAAGCCAGCAAAAGUCCGCCAUCGGAGCAAGAGCUGCUGGCUUACAUCCCCAAGCCACUGCAAUGGCAGGUGAACACAGCCAGCAUCAAGAGCUUAGUGAGCCAGGAGCUGAAGCAGAUGCAAGGCUGCAGCUCGCUGAGCGCACAGACGGACUUCAUCGAGACCACGGCCCAGCUGCCCCUCUUUGGCUACACUGUGUAUAUGGUCCUGAGAGUGAGCAAGCUUGCUCUUCCUGGACCUGUCCUCCUGGGGCUCAACCGCCACCAUCUUGUCCUCAUGGACCCCAGCUCCCAGAAACCCUGCUGCUCCAUCCCCUUGAAAGACCUGCAGCGGCUCCACCUGCUCAGCCCACUGCAGGACGAUGGGGUCCCUGGCCUGGAACUCAACUAUGGCUCCGCUGAUAACCCCAAGACCAUCUGGCUGGAGCUGCCCCAGGCCCAGGAGCUGAAGCACACCAUUGUCUUCCUGAUGGAGGAGGGCAGCAUGUCCUCCACGCAGUGGCCAGGCCUUGGCUGA